CCCGACUACCAGCUCCCCAACCCGCCGGAAACAUAUUCCCUGACUAACAGCUGCCCCAUCAUCCCCUUAUCCCGCCGUGGAGUGUGCGCACUAGGUACAGCAAGCACAACACCCAUCAAGGAUUUCAACGUGGGAAACUUUGGCUUACGGACAACCUGUCUGAGUCCAUACUACCGGCGUCAUGGCUGUCGUUUACGCAAGCAUGCCAUCCCAGGAGGAACUCGUGGCUCUCUUCUCUCGGAAUCUUACUCUAGACCCCAUGUACCAGGCGGCGCCAGCACCAGAGCCCGCGCCUGUACCGGCCCAGGAGUCUAAUGAGGAGCGCAAGAUUGUCUAUAUCUCGCAACACUACACCCACUCGGCACACAUCGCUAGACAGGAGACGCAACCAACACGCCCUGCUUCCGAGCCGCCCCGGGGCGAGCAUGCUGCGGUAGAACGAGUCCUCAGAGAGCAUAGCGUAGAUCCCUCCGGGCUCUCAUCGGCCCAACUGGAGCUCUUCAAGACCGUCGACGCUCCGCAACAGCUCCGCCUGAUCGAGCUCUGGCGCGUCUGCCCGCCCACCUCCAGCGUCAACAACCCCACGCUGGCCUGGAGCACGACCACGGUCGACCAGGAAGAGGCCCUCGCCCGGCUGCGCUUCGAGCAACAGCAACAGCAGCUCGUGGACCAGCAGCUGCAGCAAGAACUCGAAAUGGACCUCCAGCCGGAAACCGAGGCCGAGACCGAAACGGUCAUGUCCCUGGACGGCACGCCGCUCACGCCCAUCCAGGCGGGCGACGGCCGCUGGAUCGGCGGGCCCACGUUGGCCACGUCGGCCUACGACUACAUGGAGCCCUACAUGAUGUCGGGCUACGAGGAGAUGGCACGCCGUGAGUACGAAGAGUCCGCACGCAGGGCCUAUGCUGAGAGUUGUGCGCCGCCUGUUAAGGAGAACAACAGUAUGUCGGCACCUGCUGCCCUGGUAGCCGGCGGCGGGGGUGGUAUGACUUUUAAUCCCGCGCAUGCCGAUCCGGUGUACAAGACGACUCUUGCCGCUGGGGUUGAUUGGAGGACUGAGGCGGCCAUGGCGGAUCGGUAUGGGCAGAUCAUGGCGAUGAGGGAGGACGAGGAGAUGUUGUGAUUCUACCUCUCAAUUGGUGCAUUUUAACCGGGCUUCACAGUGUUUGUGGAUUAGGAAGGAUGGCAUGGGUACAUAACAUGGUGGAUGGAAUGAUGGGUUUACAUGGCGGACAGCAUUUUCCUUUGUAGGAAGACGAGCAUGGCAUGAUAGUUCACCAGGCACACUUGCCCUACGCGCUUUUACAAGAGGUUAGACUGGGACCGGCGGAAUGAAUACAAUCAUGGCAUUUCUUGCAACAAG